GGAAAAAAAGGAAAAGAACGUCUGAAGGCUACAAGCCUACAACCGUCGCCUGUGGCGCCUCUGUGAAUCUCUCCUUUCAUCUUCUUUCUGGUUUCUAAUGGUGGACAGGAAGAGCUCUUAAUGGUGGACAGAAAGAGGUCGUAAAGGGCAAGAAAAGAAGAUGAAGAGCUUCCCAAGGAGCAUCUUCUCUUGUCUUCUGCUGGUCCUUGUCCUUCACAUCUCCUCCUGCAUUGCAACUGACUCGGUUCUGCAACUCAACGACGAUGUCCUGGGCCUUAUCGUCUUCAAGUCCGAGCUCCACGACCCAAACUCCUCUCUGAGUUCCUGGAACGAGGACGACGACACGCCGUGUUCUUGGAGGUUCGUGAAAUGCGACCCCAAGAACGGGCUUGUCUCCGAGCUAUCGCUCGAGGGGCUCGGCCUGUCGGGGAAGAUCGGCAGGGGCCUUGAGAAACUGGAGAACCUGCGGGUCUUGUCCAUUGCUCGGAACAAUUUCUCCGGCAAGCUCGGCCCUGAGCUGUCUCGAUUAGGUAGGCUCAGGAGCUUGAAUUUGAGCUACAAUCGCUUUACCGGCUCUAUUCCGGCCGGUUACGGCGCAAUGAGGUCGAUCAGGACGCUGGAUUUUUCGGAGAAUCUACUCUCCGGGCCCCUCCCCGACCACCUGUUUGAGAAUUGCACGACAAUCAGGUCAGUCUCGGCGGGUGGCAAUCUCUUCACAGGGAGUUUGCCGGCGACGCUGCAGAAAUGCGUGGUGUUGGGAAGCCUGAACGUCUCGGGGAACCGCCUUUCAGGUUCUCCUGAGUUUGCUGGUGGGCUGUGGAUGCUGAAGAGGCUGAGGAUGCUUGACCUUUCUAGCAAUGGGUUCAGUGGUCGGAUUCCGGUCGGAUUAUGGGGUCUGCAUAACCUCAAAGAGCUUUACUUGCAGAACAAUCAGUUCUCUGGGCUACUGCCAUUUGAUGCUGGGUUGUGUAUUCACUUGAAUCGUAUGGAUUUGAGCGGCAAUCUGUUCACAGGCAGGAUACCUAACUCGUUUCAACGACUCAGUUCUCUGUCUUACAUCAAUUUGUCGAAGAACAAGCUAAAUGGCGAGGUACCAACAUGGAUAGGAAGCCUUAGCAGCCUUGAGUACUUAGAUUUUUCAGGAAACUUUAUGAACGGAAACCUGCCGUCUUCCUUGGGCGACCUGAAAUUGUUGGGGCAUCUCUAUCUUUCUGAGAACAGAUUCUCCGGCGAGAUACCGAAGACCAUCGUCGAGUGCACCAGGCUCACGGAAUUGAGCUUGAGGGACAAUGACUUGAGCGGGAACAUUCCUCCAGGCCUGUUUGAGCUUGGGCUGGAGACGAUCGACCUAUCUUCUAAUGAUUUCUCGGGUUUGAUACCACCUCUCUCGACUCGGCUGUUCGACUCCCUUCGUGUACUUGACCUGUCGAACAACAACCUGACAAGCAAAAUUCCUGCUGAGAUGAGUUUGUGCACCAACAUGAACUACCUGAAUCUGUCAUGGAACAAUUUGCAGUCGUGGUUGCCGCCGGAGUUUGGAGAACUGAAGUCCCUUUCUCAGUUGGAUCUGAGGUACACCGGAUUACAAGGCUCGAUUCCAAGUGAGUUAUUCAAUGCUUCUACUCUCACAGUUCUUCAGCUGGACGGGAAUUCUUUAACCGGUCCGAUUCCAAAAGAGAUUGGAAACCUUUCAUCCCUAACUUAUCUGAGUUUGUCUCACAACAACCUGAUUGGUAGCAUUCCUAUGGAGUUGUCAAAGUUGAGAAAGCUCAUGAUACUGAACCUAGCCUUCAAUAAGCUGAGUGGUGAAAUUCCAGAACAACUAGGAAGCUUGGACAAUCUGUUGGUAGUGAAUCUUUCAUUUAACAAGCUCUCGGGGAAACUCCCAAGGGGGAGGAUCUUUGACGACUUGGAUCAGAGUGCUUUAGAAGGAAAUGAUGGCCUCUGCUCGCCAAAAUUGGGACAGAAGUGUCAAUUGAAUGUCCCGAAGCCGCUGGCUCUAGACCCAGGGGGGUUCAGAAACGGAGACGGCAACGUGGGCUCAGAAACUGCCUCUCAGAGAUUCAAACACAGAAAGUUCCUCACUGUUUCAGCCAUUAUUGCAAUCUGUGCUGCUGUGGUUAUAGCUAUGGGGGUUGUGAUGGUGACUCUGCUGAACCUCAAAGCUCAGAAAACUGUGGAGUUAAUGCAGCCUUCAUCAGAAAGUCUCUCUUCCACUACCGGAAAGUCUUGCCCUGCCAUGGGUAAGCUAGUUUUGUUCAGUUCUGCCUCCGACUCGAGGUCAGAAGAUUGGGUAAACAAUGCUCAGUCCUUGUUGAACAAGGCCUCUGAGAUAGGCAAAGGCGUCUUUGGAACAGUUUACAGAGCUUCAGUCACAGAGGGGAGAGUAAUAGCCAUAAAGAAGCUCAUAUCAUCUAAUAUAGUACAGUCUCAGGAUGAUUUUGACAGGGAGGUUCAGAUUCUAGGAAAAGUGAGGCACCCAAAUUUGGUGAGUCUCAAAGGGUACUAUUGGACCCCGCAGCUUCAGCUGUUGAUCUCAGAGUUCUAUGCCAAUGGAAGCUUGCAUGACAGACUCCAUGAAAACUCAGCGCCUGGGGUGCCUCCACUUUCAUGGCCGCAACGCUUUAAGAUUGCUCUGGGAACUGCUAAAGGUCUGGCUCAUCUUCACCAAUCAUACCGCCCGCCAAUUAUUCACUACAAUGUCAAACCAACCAACAUUCUGCUUGAUGAGAACCUCAAUCCUAAAAUUUCCGACUUCGGUUUAGCAAGGCUCCUUCCCAAGCUCGACCCGCACAUUCUCAGCAACAGGUUUCAGAGGUCCCUUGGAUAUGCUGCACCUGAAUUAGCAUGCCAGAGUUUAAGAAUCAACGAGAAAUGCGACAUUUAUGGAUAUGGAGUACUCAUACUCGAGCUUGUGACGGGGCGAAGGCCGAUCGAAUAUGGGGAGGACGAUGUUGUGAUCUUGUGUGAUCAUGUGAGGUCUUUGAUUGAGCAGGGGAAGGCAAUGCAGUGUGUAGAUCAAACCAUGAAGGAGUGCCCGGAGGAGGAAGUCUUGCCAGUACUGAAGCUAGGCCUGGUCUGUACAUCUCAAAUACCUUCGAGUAGGCCUUCCAUGGCAGAAGUGGCGCAGAUACUGCAAGUUAUUAAGACCCCGGUUCCGGAGAGGAUGGAGAUUUUCUGAGAAAAGGGCCAUCACCAUCCACACCACUGUAAUCUUUGUUUUCUUUUUUUGUCCCCCUCCUAGCCAUCUUAAUUUCAUCAACCUUCAAUAUCAAUGAGAGAUUUCCUUAAUCUCCUAA